AAAAAAAGAAAGACAAAAUUGAAAGUACAUGAGAGGGAUAAGAUCUAGGGAUCUCCAAAGCACCAAUUGUAUUACUGUUAGGGCAGAGGAAGAAAUUCUGUCGCUAAAAACCCUAACACUCAUCUCUCCCUACUGUGUGGAGAUUCCCACAAGCUCAUCUCAGAUCAAAAACCAAAUGUAAUGCAAUUACAACAUUUGUUGCGUAGAGUGUAGACUCAUGGUUGAAAAACCCUUAAAAAUUUAACUUAAACAAAAAAAGAAAAAGAAAAAAAAGAAUUAGAGGAGUCCCAAAAGUAAAAAAUGGGAAAGGAAUGAUUCGCACCUGCAGAAUAACAAAAAAAUAGGGUUGUUUGAUUGAUCUCGUGAUCCCAUCAACAGCUGAAGCUACCACAUGAUCCGAUCUAUCUUUCACAGAGAAAGAAGUUUAGAUCAUGCUGGCAGCUUCAACUGCUGCUGGUGCAGGAAGAAAUCAAAGAAUGGAGCUCUUUGAUCCCCAAAACCUCGUGAUACUUGCCUUCCUUCACAUUCAACGUCUUGUGUCUCCACAGGCGGCACUCGACGUCCGGCUCUUGACUGCCGAAUCCAGGUCUGCCAUCUCCGCAUUUGGAAGGUAUGCUUCUGCUCUUCUUACGCUUGAUAUGACAUUGCACGGGAUAGGAAUAGCUGUGCAGCAUGUUAAUCCUAAUACUUCAAUUUAAUUAGUAUAUCGAAGCUAAUUAAUUGGUUCUGAAUUCUUGAUUGGUGGAAAUUUUUUUAUAGAUUCGUCUCUUUAUCAAAUUUAUGCUGAAAUUUUGAUUCAAGGAAUUGUAUGAGUUAGGCACUUCGAUCGGGUAAAACUUUUUUAAGUUUGCUUUAAAAUCAUUUCUCCAUAUUUGUUUUUAAGUGUUGCUUUUCUGCUUUGUAGUUCAAUCAGGAUGGGUUGGUUAUUUCUGAUGUUUGUUUUUCUUCUGUUACUUAGUUUGAUUUAGCUGUCAGGAAAUUGCAUAUCUAUAAUUUUUGGUAUAAUUUAACAAUGUAGUCUUGAUAAUAUAACAGUAAUAGGGCG